GGGAUUUAGACCCUACUCAUGAAAGCGUCAGCAGUCAUGUGAUCACUAGUUCUGUCCUGUGGGCUUCCUGUAUAUAAGGACCUCAGUGUCUUCUGGAAGAGUAGGAGGAUCGUCUCGGCUCGACUCCUCAUGGCAAGUGCAACUGUUCUGUGUAGGAACAUCGUGUGACUGAUCCAGUGACAAUGGACAGGAAAGGCAGCAGGUUAAAUGAACAGAUACUAAGUUUGACCCUGGAGAUCAUCUAUUUGUUGACUGGAGAGGACUAUGGACCUUUGAAGAAGUGUGAUCACCAUGUUACUCCCAGCUGCCAUCAAGUUUUCGAAAAAUUAGGCAAGGUUCAAAGCCACACCACGGUAGAACCACCCUUCUUCCUGCUUUAUGAGAGAAGCAAUGAUCAUAAGAUCCUAGACCUCACACACAGGAUCAUUCAUCUAAUGACUGGAGAGGUUGCUAUGAGGAGUCAGGAUGUCACUGUCUAUCUCUCCAUGGAGGAGUGGGAGUACUUAGAAGAACACAAGGAUCUGUACAAGGACAUUAUGAUGGAGGACCAACAGACUCUGACAUUACUGGACAGGACUAUUAACAGAAAUACCCCAGAGAGAUGUCCUAGUCCACUUCCUCCACAGACUUCUACAGUGGAAGACCACAGUGUUCCACAGGGCGAUCAUGAUGACUUCCCCAUUAUUGUCAAAGCUGAGAUGAUCGCAGAAGAAGUAGAGACAUAUGACUGUGGUGAUGAGCAGUGCAAGCAGGAGGUAACGCUUACACAUGUCAGCCAAGAUGAAAACAGAACAGUUUCUGAUGAAUGUUCAGAUUUACCUUACAUUUGUGAAAUAGGAGAAGCCAACAGUGUGCAACAUAUCCCACCAGAAAACGAUAUUAUCCCAGUUAUACGUCGUGUACUUUACAGUGAACAAGUUCCUUCCUCUGAACAAGGAGGAUGUUCUGGGAAACCAGAGGCUGAGACACAUAGCUCAUCCCAGGAUGAUAAACAAUUUUCAUGUAUGGAUUGUGGGAAAUGUUUUUCCCAUAAAUCAUCUCUUGUUGCUCACCAGAAGAGUCACACAGGAGAGAAGCCAUUCGUAUGUUCCCAAUGUGGAAAAUGUUUUACAAGAAGAUGGACACUUGCUGAACAUAAAAAAACUCACGAAGGCCUAAAACCUUUUCAUUGUUCUGAUUGUGGGAAAUAUUUCUCGGUAAAAUCUUCCUUGACUGAACAUCAGAGAAUACACACAGGGGAGAAACCGUUUUCCUGUUCAUACUGUGGGAAAUGCUUUUCACAUAAGUCAACGCUUAAUCAGCAUCAGAGAAUCCAUACUGGGGAGAAGCCGUUCUCAUGUUUGGAGUGCAAGAAAACCUUCAAGCAUAAAUCUGCUCUUGUAGAACAUCAGAGAAUUCACACAGGAUUGAAGCCCUUUGCGUGUCUUGAUUGUGGGAAGUAUUUUGCCUAUAAAUCAGGGCUUGUGGAGCAUCAGCGGAACCACACAGGCAGCAAACCAUUUUCAUGUUCAGAUUGUGGAAAAUGCUUUACGUUUAAGUCAACUUUUAUCAGUCAUAAGAGAAUCCACACAGGUGAGAAACCAUUUUCAUGUGCAGAGUGUGGAAAACUUUUCCGACAGAGAUCAAACCUUGUUGACCAUCAGCGAAGUCACACUGGGGAGAAGCCUUUCUCUUGUUCCGAGUGUGGGAAGGGUUUCUCCAAAAGGUCAAGUCUCACAGAACAUCAGAGAAUGCACACCGGGGAACGUCCAUUUUCUUGUUCUGAAUGUGGUAAAACUUUUACACACAAAUCUACCCUUUACGAGCACAAGAUGAAUCACACUGGCAUGAAGAUGUUCCCUUGUUCUCAAUGUGAUAAAUCUUUCACCAACAAGUCAGGUCUCUUACGACACUGGAGAACACACACAGAUGAUAAACCAUUUCCAUGUUCUGAAUGUGGUAAAUGUUUCAAACUGAAGUCAGAUCUUGCUAGGCAUCAGAAAAUCCACUCUAAUGAGAAAUCUUUUCUUUGUACAGAAUGCAGGGAGAGUUUUACAGAGAAAUCUGCUCUUUUCCAACAUCAGCUAUCUCAUAGAGUUGAGAACCCUGUGACCUGUUCAGAGUGUGGGAAAUGCUUUGCAGCAAGCUCAAACCUGGCUAAGCACCGGAGGGUGCACACAGGGGAAAAGCCCUUUUCUUGUUCUGAAUGUGGGAGACGUUUUACUAAUAAAUCAAACCUUGUGACCCAUUACAGAAUACACACCGGCGAGGAGCCAUUUCAGUGCACUGAAUGUGGCAGGCGUUUCAAACAAAAGAAGAACCUAGUUAAACAUCAGAGAACUCACACCAACGUAGCUCCCAUGACAUUACUGUGACAAACAUUUACCCUCACCUCAUUUUGGCAUCCCCAGCUAAUGGCAUUGUUGUAUAGGUGUAAUUGCGUUUGUAAAGUUCACCUUCUGAGGGUGCCAUUACACGUAGCAGAUUUUGUUUCAGAAAAUUCUUCAACUGGAAAACUGUUCCAUGCACCUGAAUGAUGUUUGCAGAUAUUCAUCUGAUUGCCACCAAAAUAACCCCAUUAUGAAUAGAAUAGAUUUUU